AUGCACGCUUCCUCGCUUUUGGGCGUCGCCCUCUGGGUCUGCUCUGCAUUGGCUGAGUCCAACACCACUACAAGCGUCCCUCAGCCCGAUGUCAACGGCAAAUACACCAUCAGCGGCCCUGGCAUCCGAGCCCAAUUCAUUGCCUACGGUGCAUCCAUCUCCAAUCUCUUCAUCAAUGACACCUCGGGAUUCGAGCGAGACGUCGUUACCGGGUUCGACAACGCUACAUACUACGGAAUUGACCGUCAACAUCCCCAUUUCGGUGGUGUCCCAGGUCGCUACGCAAAUCGAAUCAAGAACUCGACUUUUUACAUUGAUGGGACUAAGUAUGAGAUUGAGGGUAAUGAGAAUAUCACUCCCGAGAACCCCAAGGGCCUGGAUACUCUGCAUGGUGGACCGGAUGGUUGGGAUUGGCGCAAUUGGACGGUCGUUGCGGUUACGGAGAGUAGUAUUACCUUCAGUUUGGUAGAUGAGGAUGGGCAUGAGGGCUUCCCGGGUGAGGUUGUCAGUUAUGUGACGUAUACCAUGGGGAAUAUGACUUGGGAUAUUCGGAUGGUGGCGCUUGCUACCACGAAGGUUACGCCUAUUAUGCUUUCAUCUCAUGUAUGUUUCUUCUCCCCUCACUCACCCAAUUCACUUGAACAUUCAACUAACCUUUGAAAGACUUACUGGAACCUUGACGGCUUCGCCAAUAAUGAGACAGACACUGCAUUCAAUCACUCACUCUGGCUCCCAUAUGGUGGCUCCCGUGUAGGCGUGGACAACAUCCUCAUUCCCACUGGAGACAUCCAAGCCAACCUCAAAGGCUCCGUAAACGACUUCUGGAGCGCCCCCAAACAAAUCGGCGCCAACAUUUCCUCCCCAUCCUUGUUAGGAAACUGCGGCUUCAACUGCACUGGCUACGAUAACUGCUACCUAACCACCCGCCCCGAGACCUCCACCUGGCGCGAGCAAUCCACCCCCGUCGCUCGUCUUCGCAGUGCCUGGUCAGGCAUCCAACUCGAUGUCUUCACCGACCAAGAUGCCUUCCAAGUCUACACCUGCAGUGGUCAGAACGGCUCGGUCGCCCUGAAGAAUACCCAGGGCAUCUUCGAUGAAGCAGAGAGACCGCGGACGAUUCAGAAGUACGGAUGUAUCGUGCUGGAGGUCCAGGAUUGGAUUGAUGGCAUUAACCAACCUCAAUGGGGACGGGAGAAGAAGCAGAUCUUUGGCCCCGGGGAUGAUCCGUAUGUGCUUCAGGCGAGCUAUCGGUUUAGUCUUAAUGGUACGGCGGUGGGACUUGCUGGUUCUGGAUCUGGUUAGUUGUGCUAAGUGAGGUUUGUGAGGAGGAUGGAUGAGAGGGUUUCUUUGCUGCUGUGGUUAUGAUGAGGAGUAAUGGUGGCGUUUUAAUUUUGGGGGGGUUUAAUUGGUCUUGCAUGGCCUUGGUUGCUGUGCGGGACUGUGUGGAUGCAGAUGCAGCAAU